GGUCUGCUGAAUGGCUUCUUGCUCGUACAGAUGAUACCUUGAAUAUCUUAGAAGUUGAAUAGCUCCGCCACGCUAUUUUUUUCUCCCUGCUGAUAGACUAUCAGUUAGGAAGGACAGAAUGGGACUGUGGUCAUUUUUGAGUUUUUCUCUUUUGGCUUUGGUGUUGCUGUACCCCUUUCACCCCAAGUUUGUGGCUCAAGCGGAAAUAAGUUCUCCUACAACAGAUAACAGAUUUUAUCGCCUGGAGAUAACGCCGCUGGAGGCACGCGUAACCCGAAAAUCAACGGAGGUCGAAGUCUCAUUCAAAGUCGACAAUAGCUCAAAAGUUUUAAGCGAUUCUGAGACGGAAUCGGUCGGUGUUGGUGCUUUAAAUCUGAACAAUGGCAACCAAGUGGGAAAUGACAUACAGAGUGGACUUGGAAAUGAGUCACGAAUCGGCAUCAAAACGGUACCAAACUACCCCAGCCGUCUGAAAAUACCUGUUAAAAAGUAUGAUAACAUUUCCGAGGACAACCAAAGGCGACCUACAGCGAAUAUAAUGUUAGAAAGCACAUUUCCUGACACAAGAAAGAGGGCAAAACGGAGUGUGGGUGCAACAUACACUGAAAAUGUGGAUAGGAGUGUAAGUGGAGAAGCGCAGCAGAGGUUUGUGGAGACUGUCCAAGGUAUUUCCAACUCCAGAGCCGAGUACCGGCGCACUGGGGAGGAAGCCAAAGGGUCUAACCCGAGGCAAAGUGAGCCGCACCUGGACACUUCUACUUUUGCUCUGUCGGGAGACUCAGCACACAACCAGGCGAUGGUGCAUUGGUCCGGACACAACAGCAGCGUGAUCCUGAUCUUGACUAAGCUGUAUGACUUCAACUUGGGGGCUGUUACUGAGAGUUCUCUGUGGAGGUCCACUGAUUAUGGAAGCACCUACACUAAACUCAAUGACAAAGUGGGUUCAAGGACAGUUUUAAGUUACCUGUAUGUGUGCCCUACCAACAAACAGAAGAUAAUGAUGCUUAGCGACCCAGAGGUAGAGAGCGCUGUUCUCAUCAGUUCAGAUGAAGGGGCAAGCUUUGAGAAGCAUCUCAUUAACUUCAACAUCCUGAGUCUGCUCUUCCACCCUGCACAGGAGAACUGGAUACUGGCUUACAGUCAUGACAGCAAGCUGUACAGCUCAAUGGACUUUGGGAAGAAGUGGCAGCUUGUUCACGACAACGUGAUGCCCGGCCGAUUCUACUGGGCGGUAAUGGGUCUGGACAGAGAAUCAGAUGUGGUCCACAUCGAGACGCGCAUCGCAAAAGGCCGCGCUCAGUACGUGAAGUGCAGAGCACAACGAUGCACAGAAGCCAACAGACAGUACCUCUUUCCUGGACAUGUAGACACCAACUCACUGGUUGUGCAGGAUGAAUAUGUUUUCACACAGGUAACUAAGACGGGACGAGCCAGCUACUUCGUGUCCUACAUGAGAGAAUCCUUCAGGCGAAUGAAAUUACCCAAAUAUUGUCUACCCAAGGACAUGCACAUUAUCAGUACAGAUGAGAAGCAGGUAUUUGCUGCAGUCCAGGAGUGGAAUCAGAACAACACUUACAGCCUGUAUAUCUCAGACUCCCCCGGGGUCUACUUUACCCUUUCAUUAGAGAAUCUGAGAACCAGCAGAGGACCCGCCGGUAACCUUCUGGUUGACUUUUAUAAGGUUGAGGGGAUACACGGCAUGUAUCUAGCCAACAAACUGGUGGACCAUCACAUCAAGACCUUUAUCACAUACAACAAGGGACAAACAUGGGCCCUGCUGCCAGCUCCUGCCACUGAUGUGGUUGGAAAUAACAUUCACUGCAUUCUGCCAUUUUGCUCGCUGCAUCUUCAUCUGGAGAUGUCAGAGAAUCCCUACACAUCUGGACCAAUCACAAGCAAAAAGUCUGUACCAGGAAUCAUUGUGGCUACAGGGAAUAUUGGAACAGAGCUGUCCUCCACCAACCUUGGAAUGUUUAUAACAUCUGAUGCAGGAAAUAGCUGGAGACAGAUUUUUGAUGAAGAACACAACAUUUGGUUUCUUGACAAUGGAGGGGCUUUGCUGGCAGUAUUGCACGCAGCAACACCGAUUCGACACUUAUGGAUCAGUCUUGAUGAAGGAAAGAAAUGGGACAGGCACAGUUUCUCCUUGGCACCUCUGUAUGUGGAUGGAGUCUUAAUGGAGCCAGAAUCUGACAAUCACAUUAUCACUUUCUUUGGACACUUCAGCCAUCGGUCAGAGUGGCAGCUGAUCAAGAUCGACUACAAGGGCCUCUUUAGUAGGAGAUGCAUGGAUGGAGAUUAUCAGACAUGGCACCUGCACAACAAGGGAGAGCUGUGUGUGAUGGGUGAGAAGCAGAUCUAUAUGAAGCGCAGGCCAGGCAACCGUUGUAUGCUGGCCCAGGACUAUUCGAGGAUCUAUUCCUCAGAGCCAUGCCUCUGUACUGCCUAUGAUUUUGAAUGUGAUUACGGGUGGGAACGCCAGGCGAACGGGAAGUGCUCCCCUGCUUUUUGGUUUAAUCCAAAUGGUGCGGCUAAAAGCUGCAGCACCAGCCAAAGCUUCCUUAACAGCACAGGGUAUCGGAAGGUUUUGUCCAAUAACUGUAAGGAGGGAGGGAAGAACGUGUACUCGCCCAGGAGGCAGGCGUGUCGUCCCAGACCACCCAGAGGCCUCCGGUUGUCCACCAGUCAAGGAGAGCUCAGUGCUGCUGUUGGAAGCAAUGUUACUUUCAUGGUCUACCUCGAUGACGGAGACUCGCUGAGGACCAGCAUCCAGCUAGACUUUGGGGACGGCAUCAGGAUCACAUACUCUAACCUGAGCAGGACUGAUGAUGGCAUCAAGCACAUCUACAGAACGACUGGGAUUUACCGAGUGACAGCUUCUGCUGAAAACAGCCAGGGAUCUGACAGCAGCAUGCUGUUUUUACACAUCACCAGUCCAGUGGAGCGUGUAUAUCUCUCCGCUCCUAUUGUAACCAUCAGGGGGAAGGAGGCUAAUCUGACUGCGGUGGUUUGGCCGAGCCACACCAGAACAUUGACCUUCUUCUGGUGGUUUGACAACAGCUCCGAGCCCAUUAUAACCUUGGAGGGAAGCAUCUCGUACACGUUUCAGAGAGAGGGAAAAAACAAGGUCACGGUCCAGGUUGCUUCUGGGAACGCCGUAAUGCAGGAUUCAAAAGUUAUAACUGUUAAAGAGUUCUUCAGGUCGCUGCUGUUGUCGUUCUCUCCAGCUCUUGACGAGCACAAUCCUGACAUUCCUGAGUGGAGGGAGGACAUAGGCCGUGUGGUGCGGACAGCGCUGUCACAGGUUUCUGGGGUUCCUGAAGAUCAGCUGCUAGUGUCUCUGUAUCCUGGACUUCCAACCGCAGCUGAGCUCUUUAUCCUGCCUGACGAGCAUACGUCAAGUGAGCACAAGAGGAGGCGUGAGGAGGCACUAGAGACCAUAUCAGAUAUUUUUGUCACUGCCCUGAACCAAGGUCUGAUCCAGUUUGAGCUGAAAGCUGAUAUUCGCAUUAUUGUGUACAUCACUCAACAAACUUUGGCACCACUUGUGGAUUCAAACUCCAUCCACAGUGGGUCAGCCAUGCUGAUGCUGCUCACUGUGGUAUUUGUUGGUUUAGCUGCAUUUUUCAUCUACAAAUUCAAAAGGAAAAUCCCUUGGAUCAAUGUCCAGACCGAGGACAGUCAUGAGAAGGAACCAGAAGUGAUCAGUACAGUCGGCCAGAAUGACAACAUGUCCAAGGUCAAGCUUAGUGAGUUUCCCUCUCAGAAAGAACUCAUGGAAAAGGAGCUGGAGGCCAGGAGCAGAGGGGGAAUUGGAAGAAAUAUGGAAAGAAUUGUAACAAGGGAAUUCCCAAACUGUACUAAUGUCUAAGACAUGCACUCUGUUACUGAGUAAGUACAGAUUAUUGUGUUUCAAUCGUGCUGAAAUUGUUUGCUUUGUUGGCAUUGUUUUUGUUAAUAUUUCACGCUGUUAGCUGCUAUCAUUCAAAGUCAUGUUUUUUUUUUAACUCACAUAGAUAGAGUAAGUAUCUACUUUAUAAUACAAUGAUUAAUCGAUUAGUCCAGACUUGAGGGCCUCUAUUUUGAGUGCGGUGAAACACCACAAUUGGAUGAAAACUGCAGCGCCCAGCAGCGUUUUCACACAGAUGCUCACAAUAUGUCCAGUUAUGUUAGCAAUGUUCAGCUGACAUUGUGCAUUUUGGGCGAACGCUUUACUGCCUGUGACAAACAGUAUCUUCAUUGUUCUUAAUUUGGAUGAUGUCAACAUAGGAAGCACAGACUGAGUUGCUUUAAUAAAACACAGUGGGCUGCUAUAAAAACAAUGCGAGUACACCAUCAAUACCAUGUACACACUGGUAAGUAAAAGAUAUAGUAUGCAUAGGUUUUACUGCAUACAUAUAUUUUUUGAUAAAGUUUGAUAAAAGUCACUUUAAAUUCAAUAUUUAAUGACAGAGAAUGAUCAUGACUUACUAAAAGGAUAUUUAGGCCCUCAAGGAAUAUUAUGAUAAUAUCAUACAGGGCUUGAAAUGGUUUAAUAACUAAUUUAAA